AUGUACUCAAUCCGAAGCCUGCCAACAAUGUUGUACCGAGAGAGAACAGAAGAGGAUGGGGUUGAAGACAUGACACAACUUGAGGAUCUGAAUGAAGCUGCUGCUUUAUUCAACCUGAAGAGAAGGUUUGAACGGGAAUUGAUUUAUACAUAUAUUGGAAGUAUUCUGGUAGCCAUGAAUCCCUACAAGAUGUAUAACAUUUAUGGAACAGACAUGGUGCUGCAACACAAAGGGCAUGCCUUUGGCGAAAAUCCUCCGCAUUUAUUUGCUAUAGGAAAUGCUGCUUACACAAAAAUGAUGGAUGCCAAACGGGAUCAGUGCAUUAUUAUCAGUGGGGAGAGUGGCUCUGGUAAGACUGAGGCCAUGAAACUGGUGCUGCGUUAUCUAGCUGCUAUACAACACAAGCGCAACAUAACACAGCAGAUUGAGAUUCUUGAAGCAGCUCCACUCUUAGAGUCAUUUGGAAAUGCCAAAACUGUCAAGAAUGAUAAUUCAAGUCGAUUUGGAAAAUUCAUAGAGAUAUUUUUGGAGGAGGGUGUAAUCAGUGGUGCCAUAACGUCACAGUAUCUACUUGAAAAAUCCAGGAUUGUGUUUCAGGCCAAAGAUGAAAGAAACUACCAUGUAUUUUAUGAGAUGCUUGCAGGUCUUCCUUCACAGCAAAAGCAGUCCUUGUACCUCCAAGAGGCAGAGACCUACUAUUACCUUAAUCAGGGUGGAGACUGUGAGAUUGCUGGGAAGAGGGAUGGGGAGGACUUCCAUAGGCUCCUCAGUGCCAUGGAAAUCCUUCGCUUCAAUGCCGAAGACCAAAACAGCAUCUUCAGGGUCCUGUCGUCCAUCCUGCACCUGGGGAAUGUCUUCUUUGAGAGACAUGAGACAGAUUCUCAUGAGAUGGCAUCAGUGGUGAGUGCUCAGGAGAUCAGAGUGGUGGCAGAACUUUUGCAGAUUUCUCCUGAGGCCCUUCAGAAGUCGAUCACUUUCAAAGUGAUGGAGACACUGAGAGAGAAGAUCUACACUCCCUUAACAGUUGAAAGUGCAGUUGAUGCCAGAGAUGCAGUUUCCAAGAUCCUGUAUGCUCUUCUUUUCAACUGGAUAACAGAUCGAAUCAAUAAGCUGGUUUACCCAAGAAAUGAAACACUGUCCAUUUCCAUCCUUGAUAUCUAUGGGUUUGAGGACCUCACCUUCAACAGCUUUGAACAGCUCUGCAUAAACUAUGCAAAUGAAUACCUACAGUUCUUUUUCAACAAGAUAGUUUUCAGGGAAGAGCAAGAGGAAUACAGCAGAGAACAAAUUCCUUGGGAGGAAGUCACUUUCACUGACAAUCAGGCUUGUCUUGACCUCAUUGCAGCAAAGCCCCAUGGGAUAUUUAGAAUUCUAGAUGACCAGAGUGGUUUUCCACAGGCUACAGAUCAUACCUUCCUUCAGAAAUGUCACUAUCAUCAUGGGCAUAACCCACUCUAUUAUAAGCCAAAAAUGCCUCUACCUGAAUUUUCCAUUAAACAUUUUGCUGGGAAAGUCACUUAUCAGGUCCAUAAGUUCUUGGACAAAAAUUAUGACCAGGUUCGCCAGGAGGUCCUUGACCUUUUCAUGCAAAGCAAAAAUAAGAUGGUUGCACAACUGUUUAUGAGUUAUUCAGAAGCUGUCAGUCAACAGAAGAAGCAUGUUGGGAAGAACAGCAUGGUUACACGACGACACCAGUCCUCCACAGUGGCUGCCAAGUUCCAAAUGUCUCUUAUGGAACUUGCAGAGAAGAUGGAGAGAUGCAACCCAUUUUUUGUGCGCUGUGUAAAGCCAAACAAUAAUAAAGAGCCUGGUUCAUUUGACAUGGAACUGGUCAGUAGUCAGCUUCGUUACUCUGGGAUUUUGGAGACCAUUCGUAUCAGGAGAGAGGGAUAUCCAAUCAGAAUAUCUUUUGAUGUUUUCCUCUUUAGAUACAAGUCUUUACUGGGCCUGAAGCAGCCUCCACCUGCUACUGGGGAAAACUGUGUGAUAAUGUUGAGGAAGCUUUGUCCCAUGAGGCCAGGAGAUUUCCAAGUGGGUGUUUCCAAGCUAUUCAUGAAAGAGAACAUCUAUCACCUGCUGGAGAGUAAGAGAGACAGAGUGAGGCAUGUGGCUGCGUUGACCCUGCAGCGCUACGUCCGAAUGUUCUUCGUUCGAAAGCGCUACAAGGCCUUUCGUAUGAAAAUCAUUGGCCUCCAGGCCCACUGCAGAGGCUACCUUGUACGGAAACGCUAUGUGAAAAUGCGAGUCAGUCUCGUCAAAUUCCGUUCACUGGUCCACCUGUGUGUCAAUCGAAAGAGAUAUGUUAAGAUGAGGUUGGAGGCCAGCAGGAAGGCAGAAGCAGAGAGAAUCAGAAUGGAAAUGGAGUUAUCAAGACGUGAGGUAGUUAAUGUAACACACUUGGUAAUUCCAGCAGAACUUGGAAGGUUAUUGCAAGCUGCUGCAGGUGGUCGAGAGCUUCAUUCUGAUUGCUUAGCCCUAGUACAAGCUCCAACUGUUCAUGUGGAAUCUCAAUUAACAUUACCCCUUGAUAUCAACAAUUACCCAGUUUCUAAAUUCAUCCAGGUUCACUUCAAAGAGCAAAAGUUUGGCAUGUUGACUGCACCUCUGAAGACACCACUAACUUAUAUUGAUGAUGACCUCAAACAUGAAGCUCUAGAUGUGUUUAUCAUGAUCCUCAGGUUCAUGGGUGACCCACAUUUAAAUGGGGCUCAGGAGAAUUUAUUUGGAAACUACAUCAUCCAAAUGGGACUCUCUUACCCUGGCUUGCGAGAUGAAAUUUUGUGUCAAAUUGCCAAUCAAGUCUGGAGGAACAGCAACCCAGACAAUGCUGAGAGGGGCUGGCUGCUUCUGCUCGGAUGCCUGAGUGCAUUUGCACCUUCAGCCAAAAUAGAGAAAUACCUUCUGAAGUUUGUGUCAGACUAUGCCCAUGAUAGCUAUAAGGCAGCUUGCCAACAUAAGCUGAUACAAGCCAUGCAGAAAUCCCUUUAUGGGAUUGAGAUGGCUAGGACCUACCCACUGUCUGUGCUUGAGUGGACUGCUAACAGGAAGAAAGCCAACAUGGUGCUGCAGGUCCACUGCUUUGAUGGGGCCUCCUUCCUGUGUCCAUUGUACUCCUGGACCAGUGGAGAGGAUCUAGCUGGGGAAAUCCUUCAGCACAGGGGUGUUAUAAAAGCCUGGAAGGGGUGUUCCGUCCUUAUGAAGGAACAGGGGCAGUGGGCGGAGCUUGCAGGGCAUGAUUAUGUGAUGGACCUGAUUGCAGACCUGGAGCUGAUGAGAGAUUUCCCCAAGCAGAAGUCCUACUUCAUCAUCUCUGCAGAGAGUUUAACCAGGACCAGACCCAAUGCCACCCUAGCUCUGUUUGGGAGUGGUUUUGAUUCAGAUGAUGAGAGUCCUCUCCUCAUCCCUCCAGCACUGGCCAGUGCCAGUCUCCCAGACUCAGAUGGAUAUUACAGUCAUGAAUCAGAUUUCAGUGAAGCUCCAACUCAGAGAGGCAUGGACCAAUACCUAGACAGCUUGUUUGACCCAGUGCUGUCUGAUGUCAGUGGGGACCUGGAGAAGUCAGCCAGUAUGUCCAGCCAUAUGAAGGGAGCCGGUGGGAUUGGAGGUGGGGAUGGAGGGGAGGUGAAGACACGAGCCAGCAGGUCCUAUCCUCCAGGACUGCAGCCCGGCGCGGUACCAGUACUACCAGUUAUGGGAGGAGCAAUGAUGCCACCUGUACCUAUGCCAGCUACGACCUCAUUGCCUACAUUGCUUACCUCUACAUCUAGAUCUUCAGAUCCCUUAGUACCAGCAAUUUCCCCAGUAUCACCUUUACCUUCUAUGUCAGAUUUGCCUGUUAUGCCAUCUAUUCCAGUUCUACCUAACAUACCACCAGUGACCGAUGUGCCAGUAGAUCACAGCAUCCUAGCACAACAGCAACAAGCCAUCAUCAACCAGCAGGCAGUCAUACUAGCUCAGCAAAUGACAAUGCAUGCAAUGGCCCUUCAACAGCAGAUGUACAGUUCAGUGAGUGGGCCAUAUUCUGGUAUGCCACAUCACAGAGAACAUUUACCAAUGCCCCGGUCUAGCCAGUCAAGCCCAGUGAGCCCAACCAGGACAGUACCACCAGUUGACGUAGUGAGGUCAACCAUCUUGAAUUCAGAGCAUCUAGAACCAACACACAACAUCAAAGACAUAAUCAAACAGUACCAUCCUGGCUCUGUCAAGCCAGUAGAGAUCCCAAGAAAAGAGGCUAAAGUGUUUGUUAAGAAGCCAGACCCUCAUGAUGAAGCUAUGAUGAUUCUUAAGGACCAGAUGCGAUCUCCACCUCCACAACAAAAGAAGACCUAUGGUCCAGCCUUAACUGCUUCAGGUAUGAGAGAGUCUAAAGGUGAGAGUGGAAGAUUACAACCAACAAAAAACAUACAGGCAAAGGGAUCCCCUCCAGUACAUGUGGUCAGAUCACCUCCAGUACCUGCAGUCAGUCAGAGGGCCCCACCCCCUGAGCCUGUGUCUCGAGAACUUCCUAUUGAAAAGGAGAGCAUUCAGACUCAGCUCCACAAGAGGAGCAGUGAGGAACACUACACCUAUACAAAUGUCCCCUGGAAAAUCUACCUGAGGAAAGAGGUUUUCUAUCCUAAGGACAGCUUUAACCACCCCCUCAUAUUAGAUCUUCUGUUCAAGCAGAUUGUCCAUGAUACAUUCUCAGAGGCUUGCAUUCGCAUCACUAAGGAAGAAAGGGAAAAAAUGAAAUCCCUCUUUGGUGAGCACAACAUUGAUGUGGGUGCCUCAACACUAGAUGAGAAUGCGAAGAAAAAGGUUGUCACUGCAGCAAGGGACAGCUGGGAGAUUUACUUCUCACGGCUCUUCCCAGCAUCUGGAAGUGUGGGCACUGGUGUCCAGGUGCUCUCUGUGUCUCAUAGAGGGAUUAAACUGCUAAAGAUGGUGAGGAGCAGUGAAGUGGCCCCAGAUUACUUCAGAGUUUUAAGACCAUAUAGCUACACCGACAUCAUGUUUGUCACCAUUCCCUCCAAGAACAUGCUGGAGUUCAACUUCACCAAUGAGAAACUGAUUCUGUUCUCAGCUAAAGCUCCUCAAGUAAAGACCAUGAUUGACUAUUUCAUCACUGAGCUGAGGAAGGACUCAGACUAUGUGGUUGCUGUGCGUAAUUGCAUUACAGAUGACAGAACAAUGCUGAGUUUCCAUAAAGGAGACAUUAUACGCUUGCAGACAAUGGAGGGCUUGGAGGAAGGCCACUGCUAUGGUUGCAUUGUGAAAAAGAAGGUCAUACUACUCGAAGAGAUAAAGAGAGAUAAACUUGACUUUGGCUGGAAGUUUGGAGCAGUCCAGGGUCGUACAGGGGUUUUCCCUGUAGAGUUUGUGCAGCCGGUGGCUGCUCCAGACUUCAUCAACCUCCCUGUGGACAAAAAAGAGGAGCCCAAGAAUAAGCAGGGUCAUGUAGCAGCUUCUGCAGCCCUGGUGGUGGCUGUGGGAUCCAGUGUUGCUGCCCAGGAGCUGGACCGCUCCAUUGAAGUGGCCUGCCCAGUGAGUGAGUAUACAGAGGCCCUUACAGACUAUGGAAGCUUGGAGAUUGAUGAGAGAAUUCUGCAGGACAGCCAAUACAACAUGGUGGAGUUUGCCAAGAAAUAUUUCAGGGGGGUUCAGAAAAAGAACAGUGAUUCCUAUAAGCAAAAGUCAAAAAAAGGAAAAGAAGCCAGGGAACCAUCUGAUAUAGUGAAAUUUUCUAAGUCCCCAAUCCAGGAGUCCUUGAUUGAGUUUAGUGAUGAAAAUAUGAACAAGAUGGCAGCAGACAUCUUUCUGGCUAUAAUGAAGUUUAUGGGGGACUAUCCGAUGAAAGGUCAAACUGAGCAAGACAUCAUCAACACCAUACUGAAUCUUAGUGGCGAGUAUGGUUUGAUGAGGGAUGAAGUGUACUGCCAGGUCCUCAAACAGAUCACAGGAAAUACAAGUUCUAAAAUGGACAGUUGUCAGAGGGGCUGGAGGCUGUUGUACAUCCUCACAGCCUACUACCGGUGCUCAGAAGUACUGAAGCCCUAUCUACUCAGAUACCUCCAAGAUGCCUGCGCAAGCUCUGGUGUGCACUUCCAAGGCAUUGCCAAAGCUUGUGAACAGAACCUCAGGAAGACAUUCCAAUAUGGUGGGCGCAACAAGCAUCCUAACAGCAUGGAACUGAAGGCAAUGAUGGCUGGUAGGAGCUCCAAACGUCAGCUGUUUCUUCUUCCUGGUGGAAUUGAGCGGCAUCUGAAAAUCAAGACUUGCUCAGUUGCUUUGGAUGCUAUUGAGGAGCUGUGCUAUGAGAUGGGUCUAAACAGGCAGGAAGCAAUGGAUGAAUACGCCAUAUUUGUUGUCACACACAGGGGUCAGAAUGUUCGGCCACUGAACAAAAGGGAGUACAUCUUGGACAUCGCCACAGAGGCAGAGCCUAUUGAUAGUAACUAUAGUCUGUGGUUUAGAAGAGUGAUCUGGAAUCAGCCACUAAAAUUUGACAAUGAGCUUGGAGUCACUGUGCAUUACAACCAGGUUGCGCCUGACUACUUAAAAGGACUCCUGGAUGUUGUACUGCAGGGGAAGGUUAGUGAGCAGCAGCUUCAGCAGGUGUCAAAACUAGCUGCCCUGCAACACCGUGCCAAAGAAUCCGUCGGCCUUCCUACCAUCGGUGAGGUUCUGGAAUGUAUUCCUACCCAGCUGUAUGGACUGCAACGCCCCCAGCAAUGGCUGAAUAUGGUGACCCAGCACAUGCAGCAGGUCCAGCCUCUGAGUCCCCAUCAGGCCAUGUCCCAGUUCCUGGGGCUCAUCAGUGCUUUGCCGAUGUUUGGCUCCUCGUUCUUCUACAUAUUGAGCACUAGCAACAGCUUCAUCAACUGCCCCUGCAUAUUAGCUGUCAACCAAAAUGGACUGAACUUUCUAAACAAGGAAACACAUAAGCUGAUGGUGAAAUUCCCCCUGAAAGAGGUACAAUCCACACGGACGCAGAGGCCAACAGCUGGCUCCAGUUACCCUUAUGUGGAGAUACUGCUGGGGAAUCUAAUGUCUCAGCGCAUCACACAGCUGCAGGUAGACCAGAGUCUGGAGUUGUGCCGUGUCAUUGCAAUGCACAUGGAGAACAUGCUGUCAGCACGAGAGAAGAGACUCACACUGCCUCCCAGUGAGAUUACUCUGCUCUGACCUGCCUCCCAACAACACCCCAAACGGCCCACUGUCAUUUAAAUACUGUGCAGUAAGAGUUAAUCAUUGCAGUCUGUUAUAUCUUAUACCACAUUACUACUAAUUGGAAUGAUUGGGCUAAAUUUCACCUUCAG